AUGUCAUCCCUCGCGCUCUGCUCUCGCAUCUUGUCCGCCAAUCGCAUCGUGGCCUCACCCCCGUUGCGCCCUGCACUGCGUCCAAUCAUCUGCUUCUCAGCCGCAACUCACGCAGAGGCGCGUGACAUCGUGGUGGGCGGCAAAAAGGGGUGGACGUACGGUGUGAGCGGAUGGAAGCCCAAUCCCACUGCCCGUGCAGGCGACGUGCUCGUGUUCAAGUGGACGGGUUACCAUGACGUGUGGCUGAUGAGCGGCGCUGCUGCGUACAACAAUUGCAACUUCAAGGGUGCCAAGGAGAAGGCCAAGGUGGCCAGUGGCAAGACGUACAGGUUCACAGUGCCUGCGACAGCAAGGGGCAGCACACUGUAUUUUGGCUGCCAAGUGUACGGCCACUGUGGGAUGAACAUGAAAGUGGCCGUUGCCGUCCAGAAGUGA